AUGCAAACAAGCUUCCCAAUGCCUUUAGCCGAAAUGGUCCAUUUUAGGCUAGACACAUCAAAGCUACAGUCUAAUUUGGAUUUUCUGUGAAAUUUAGCUAUGAGUUCCAAAACUGAUUUGGAAUCCACUCCUGUUGAAGCCGGAACUAUGUAUUUGCCCGUGCCUUGGCGAAUCAAAGUGGAUCGAUCCAGAGGUCUAUAGGCCCGACACGUUGACAAAUAUGGUGGCAGCUCUGGACAAGGCUACCCCGUAGUGGACGUAAACGUUAUAAAUAACUUAAGAUUUAAGAUUACGAUUUCGAAUCCACUAAAUCACUUUUUCAGUCAGAACUGAUUCAAUUUGACUCAGAAAUCUCUGAAUUGAAGAAACUUGAGCCAAAAAUAGCUAUAUGCCAGGCUAAAAUCAUUGAAUUUCAAAGCCUAAAAGGAAAAAUUGACUCAUGGGAUGACAGGUUCAGAAGCCUUGAAGAAAAGAUAUUUAAUAUCCAGCAUGAAACGAAUGCAAAUUUAAAAGAAUUAUCGAAUACUAUAGAAACUAAAGUUGCCAGUACUAAAACUGAAUUCGAAACUACUCUAAAUAUCGUUCAGAGAAAUUUAGACGAAAAAUAUUCAAAGGAAUUUGAAGAAUUUGAUAACACUAAUUUCGAAAAUUUUACACGGUUAGAAAAUAUCAUAAAUAAUGAGCUUGCAAAGCGGUGCACUGCGAAAAUGGUUAAAAAGCUUAUAAAAACGGAGCUACUUAAAAACUUAUCGAAAAAUACAGAAUUAGAGCAAAAUCAAAUAGAAAAUGAAUUUGAUGAAAAAAAAAACAAAGAAAAAAUUGAUGAAAAAGAAGAGGAUAAUGAAGAGAGAAUCAAUUAGGGAUUAAUAUGGGGAUUAUUUCAGUCACUAGCUGGCCGAGUUUCAGCUUCACGCUUCAUGUGGUGUUUCCUUCAUGAUCACCAAAAAUGGUGAGUCGUGUUCUGACGGGAAGACUCAUUCUAACCUUCUUUGACCAAAAUUUGCAGCAAAGGACUCUCCUGACCCAUGAUAGUACUCAGGGUAUAAGGUAAAGGUCUGAUGCCUCCUUCUGUAACUGCCUCUGCUAUUUGCAGGCAGAAUGUUGCUCCAGAAGUGCCUGCUAUGCGUCAUCGUCGGUCUCUUGUCUGUGGGAGCCUAGUCAGCCCAGGCCUGCACCCACCCUGAAAACUUCUCCAUCUUCGGACCGUAGCCCUUCAGAAGUCACUACUCUGUCCCCAUAAAAUUGUGGAUAUUCUCUCGCCCCCAUUUCUGAUGAAGGAAGUGGAUAAUGAAGAAGAUUUAGAAAAUUAUAAUAUUAGUGAAAUUUAUUUAAGGCUAGGGAAUUUAGAAAAAAAAUUGAAUUUAGACUUUGAUUAUAAACACAAAACAGAUUUUCCUCAAAGACAUGGAAGAUUUUUAGAAAAUACAAGUGAAAGCAGUAAAGCUGAAAAUUUGAGUGAUUUUCAAUUGAAGUUUAUUAGAAUAGUAAAUGAAAUCAAUGAUUUAAGAGAACUAGUAAACUCAUUUUCAAGCCAAAUAACAAAUUCCCAUAACGGGAUGCCGAUGUCUACAGUAGAUUUGAAUGCGCUUGAAGACCUGGAAAAUAAAAUCUCACAUAUGGAGUCUCUCCAUGCGAAAAACUUUGAAGACCUAAAUCAUCAAAUUUUUUAAUCUGCAAUAAACUAGUUCAACUCCAAAGUUUAGACUUAUAAUAAUAGCAUUAUUCAUUUUAUAAGCAGAUUUCACAGGAUUGUCGAAGACAAUAUUGGUUAAUUUAAUAUAAGUCAGAUUAUUUAAAAAAUGAAAUUUCCUCAUCAGGAAGCCCGACUUCUAAAAGAAGACAAAAGCCAGCAUACACACUUUCAGCUAAAAGUGUUCACUCCUUAUCUAAUUUAGAACAAAAUGUAUCUGCACAAGUGGAAUCUAUUAGUGAAAAACUUAAUUCAGAUAUUGAGUCCAUCAAAAAAGAAAUUUCAACGAUACAAAAUAACCUAACCCUAAAGGUUUUCCGAGCUGAACUUGAAGAAAUUUUAACGAAAUUAAAUAAACAAAACCGCACAAAUCUAAAAGAUUAGAUUAGAUUAAAAUUAUAGCGGGUAUGGGGGUUUUAUUUCAGCCCCUCGCCGUCCAACGGAUAGCUUCGCAGUGACGCUAAGCGCUAUCCUCACACCACCCUUUUUCCCUUCUUACGUCACCAAAAAAUGGUGACGUCGAAGGUCUUCGGGGAAGCCACCCCACCCAGUCAUGGUCUCCGAAUCUCAGUAGAAAGCUCCUUUAACCUCCGACAGGGCUCAGAGUACAGGGGAAACGCCUUCUGCCUUCUCCAUGGCCUGUCAGAACCGUAUCACAGGUUCAGUAAUGCUCCCAUGGAGUGGUAUCGGGACUUUGCGCCAGUAGGGUCGUCUUGCAGGUAAGGAAAAAAGACCAGGGCUAGCCCCAGGUCAAAAACCCGCCCCGGAGAACUAUCGCCAUGUGGCUUGCCUUUCCUGGGCCUGGAUCAACUUACAGGUCACCAGGAGUCCACGUCAGAUCACGCCAUUUUAAUAACUCUAAAUCAAAAAGAAGAAACCCAAAAUCGUGAUGGGACACCAGGCCACGAUUUAAAAUCUCUUGAAGGAAGAGUCAAUUCAAUGUGAAUGAGUCUUGAAAAAAUUCAUAAAAUGGAAGAAGCCUUCCAAAAGGUGGUAAAUGAAAAUAUUGAAACCAAAAUUCAUAAGUUUGAUGAUAAAUUAGAUAAUCAGUAUAAGGAAUUGCUGGAAAAAAUGCAAGAAAUGCAGAGAUUUUUUGUGGUUGAAGUAGGGGAUAAAGGAGACCAAAUUGAUUACUUUGCGGAAAAAAUGCAGAAUGUGGAAGAAGAGAUAAAAGAUAUGAAGGAGCAUCAGAAGCCGAUAGUGAAAUAUCAGGUUAUAGAAAAUAAAAAUGAAGGAGAAGGGUGUCCAGAUGAAAAUUUGUUGGAACUUUCUGAAGAUAUGUUUGAUAUAAAAACCCUCAUAAAGCAGCUUAGACUUCAGGAUUCUCAUAUAAAACAAGCCAACAGCAGCAUAAAAAAUCUAAGCUCUGACGUUGAAAAAAUCAAAGAAAUUAUCAACAAAGACCAAGAAGACGGUUUAAACGCAUAUUUAAAUCAACUUGAAGAUCUUCAAAAAAAUGUCUCAGAAGUCAUGAUAAAAGUCCAAGAAGGCUCAAGGCUAAGCCAAAGAGACUUCAGCAUGCUAACUGAACUUUACCAAAUAAUUGAAGGAAAGGGAAAUAAAGAUGAAAUUUUAGAAAAAGUUGAUAGGAAAGAGCUUAAGCAAGCCUACCGAAACCUAUCAAAAAAGGUAAAGUUUAUUUAGAUUGAUACUGUUCAAGAUGAACUUAAAAAAAUCGAAGAAUUAAAAAAUAAAACUGAAGUUAAAAUAGAAAAACCAGCGUUUUUUAAACAGAAAGGAAACGAAUGCUUAAUCCCCCAUCUUUAAGUCACAAAAAUGCUUUUCAGGUUUAUGGAAAGGGGUUAAUUUUUAUAUAUAAAUUUAUAGUAAAUUUUUUCAAUGUAAAAAACAUCAAAAUUUGAAAAAUUGGAAAAGAACAAUUCAUUUAGCUUGUAAAGUUUAGGUAAGCUGCUUAAAUUUCAACGAAAUAGCUAGAGAUUUCAUUAUAAUAAUUAUCAAUUAUAUAUUAGAAAGUUUUUUUGUUCAGGGUGGUUGGUUUUUCUCGAAAAAGUGAUUUUCAAUGACUUAGCUCGUCCACAGAGGGAAGGAUUUAGCAUGUGGACAAGAUAUCCCAACCCCAGCUUAUACAACUAGAGAAUGGACGUAUUCAGGGAGUUUUCCUGCCCUCACUCAUUCAAGGGUAUUUUUUAUUUAGUUUGGGCCUGGCUUCUCAAGAAUUCUGCCUAUGGUUCACACAUCAAACGAAGCUACAAACAAAUCCCACAAAAAAUCCAAAUCAGAGCUGCCCUUGCCAUUAAUGAGAACAGUUGAAACUGCUGAGCCUGAUCCAAAGCUUAUAUCAGUCACUCUAUCAAGAAAAGCUUCUGUAAAAAGUACUCGUAUAAAAACGACAAUGUUCAAAGAGAGAUUUUAA